AUGACGGAGGGCAAAGGAGAUCCAUGUCGGGUGGUUGAAGACAGCUUUGGAGCUAUAGAAGUCCCCUUGGAUAGUUAUUAUGGGGCACAAACUGAAAGAUCCAGGAGGAAUUUCAACAUAUGCCUACCCCAAGAUAAAAUACCUUUGUCUGUGGUGUAUGCUCUUGCUAUGUUGAAGGAAAUAGCAGCCGGUAUUAAUUGUGCGAAGUCAAGGAUAAGCUCAGACGAAGCCACCGCGAUCAUUGGGGCUUGUCGCGAAGUGUACUCCGGAAAACUCGAUGAUCAGUUCCCGCUAAGUAUCUGGCAAACGGGUUCAGGGACGCAAACAAAUAUGAAUGUAAAUGAAGUUGUCGCCAACAGAGCUACCGAACUGUUGUGCGGGUCCAGAACCGGUCAGCCUAGAAUUCACCCCAAUGAUCACGUUAAUUGCGGUCAAAGCUCGAACGAUAUAUUCCCCACUGCGAUGAACUUAAGUGUAUCACUGGAGACUGCUUGGAACACUAUCCCUGCCCUUGAAUCCCUGGUAGAUGCGAUAAACGCAAAAGCUUCCCAGUUUCGUGAUGUUGUGAAAAUCGGACGGACUCAUCUUCAGGAUGCCGUGCCUAUGACAUUCGGUCAGGAGCUGGGGUCUUUUGGAGCGCGGCUGUCAAAUACCAUCGGACUGAUUAGGCAAGGCGUGAAGUCCAUUUGCAACCUCGCCGUUGGGGGUACUGCUGUUGGGACGGGACUAAACAGUACCAAGGGCUUUGACUUGGAGAUGUGUGACGGCGUGACCAAGCUUGUGGAGGAAACGUUGAGACAGCGUUAUGGUGAUACUGCCAAUAAGUACAUGAAACUAACGUUCACACCAGCGGAAAACAAAUUCGCUGCUCUUGCGGGACACGAUGACCUGUUACAACUGAGCAGUUGCUUUAAUCAGACGGCUACCAUACUUUUCAAACUGGCUGGAGAUUUCGCGUUGCUGAGCUCGGGUCCAAGCUGUGGGCUAGGUGAAUUGAUAUUACCUCCCAACGAACCUGGGUCAAGUAUAAUGCCAGGCAAGGUGAAUCCGACCCAGUGCGAGGCGCUGCGAAUGGUCAGUUUACAAGUGAUGGGCAAUCAUUUCACAACGAGUAUGGCUGCAUCACUGGGUCAACUACAGCUAAAUGUUUUCAAACCACUUAUUGUGGCCAAAAUGCUGCACUCGUGUCGACUGCUUCGGGAUGCUGCCAUUAGUUUCACGCGAAAUUGUGUUGAAGGAUUGCAAAUCAACCAUCGUCGUGUGGAAGAACACGUCCGAAACUCCUUGAUGCUAGUCACGGCGUUGACUCCUCAUAUUGGAUAUGACAAAGCCGCUCGUUUGGCCAAGUAUGCGAAAGAAAACAGUCUAACGUUGCGCGAGGCGGCAUUAAAAUUAGACAUGGUCAGCGCUGAGGAGUUCGAUCGUGUCGUUCGACCAGCAUCUAUGGCAUUUCCAUUUUCUGAGGAAAAUAUGAACAAUAACUAACUGCUUCUUGUUAUUUGUGCCAACUCGUGUUUUUCAUUAGGAAGUCCUUAGAUGUCAUUGUUGAAUUCAAAUUGUUCAUUUCCAUGUUCCUACUCCUGUGAUUUCGUUCGCUUUUGGCCUGGCCUAUCUUAUUGUUUAUUUCAUCUGUCGUUUACAUCAGUUGUCGUGAAAUUGGUGGGGCAGCUAGCGUUCUUAGCGAAUUUUCGUUCCCCAGGUUGGGAGUUCACUUAGGGGAUUUUGUUCCAAAAUGCGGAACGUGGUUAAAUAUGGAUGGUUUGGGCAAGGUCACUGUUACCCAAAUUACGUUUUUAUCCGAUGCAAGUGAUCUUAUCACUGCUAAUACACUAAACUUC